AUGGACGAGAACGAGGUGAUGGCGGCGUUCCUGUGGAGCAAGCAGUCGCAGGAGAUGUACAGCAACCAGGGCUUGAAGGACCUGCACCAUCUGCACCAGGACUUCAUUAUCAACGACUACACCGACAAGAUCGCGACCAAUAUCGACCUGCUAGAUACGGAGCUGAAGUUUGCCUGGGCCGCGCUGAACCUGUUGAACGAGGAGUACACGAAAAUGUCCGAGAAGGUGUUCAAGCUGCAGUCGCUCAACAUAUCACAGCAGCGCAUCGUGCAAAACCUGCAGUUUAUGGAGGAAAAUCGGAAGGCCUACCUCGAUAUGAUACCGGACUACGCGAAGCACCACGAGUUCUCGCUGCAGGAGCAGUCGCGCCUUCGCAAGGACCUCGAGUACCGGGACCGGAUUAACGAGGCGCUGCUGAACAGCGGCAUGAUACCGCUGCAGGAGGAGCAGGAGGAGUUCAUGCAUAGGCACCAGCUGCAGCAGGAGGCGCAGCACCAGGAAAACCUCUUCCACCAACAGCUGGUCAGCUCGGCCCAUAUGUAUCACGCGGGAAUGCAGCUGCAGCACGUCGGUCAGCACGCCAUGUACGAUGGCAAGCACGUCCUGGAGCAGCAACGACUGCAGCUGCAGCAACAGCAGGCUCAGAUGCCUUACGAGAACGAAUUUCUGAUGCUGCAGCGAAACCUCGCCUCCGUGCCGGAGGCCGGAGCGCACCUGCACAAGCCGCAGCUAGAGUCUGGAGGUGUGGGUGCGACGCUGCAGAAACCAGAACCGACACGGAUAUCGACGAAUCCGUUCCUGUCCGCGGGCGAAGCCGACCGGGGUCUGCUGCGUAACAUCGAGCCGGCGGACAGUGCGGCGAUAAUCGAGGAGCAGCUGCGUACCUCCUUCCUCAACCACGCCAAGCAGAUCGAGCUCGAGUUCGGCACGCCCAAGUCGAAGCGCUUCUCGGCCGAGCGCAUCGAGAAGAUGCAAAGCGAGGAGGUACGCGAGCUGAUCAACAAGAUCAUGAGCGAAGAGGACGUGGCGUCGCUCAGCAGCGAAGAGAUGGACAAGGUGCGGUGCUUUAUGGCGAAGAACUGCAGCGAGCUGAUGGACGUUUUCGACGACGACCUGCAGCAGGUGGUGCACCCGGUGAAGACGGCUGAGCUGUUGUUGGCGCGUCAUAAGCAGGCGCCCCGUGUGAGCCCCAAGAAGGAUCUGCAUCCCAAGUAUUUGCCCGAGGGUAUUGCGACGCUCACCAAGGACGAUCUACUGACGGUCGAGAACGGGACCAUCACGAUCCAGGACAGCGCAUCCGAGAGCGACUUCCGGUUGAAUCUCAACGCCAGUACGCUGGAUGCCGGUCUGGUCAACGAGGAGGGUACGUCGCCGAAGAAGUUGAGCGAGUUCUCACCCUUUGGGCUACAAGCGGCGGGCAUGAUGGUUGCUGGCGAGUUAGUUGGCCACACGGAAGCGAACACCGUAGCAGAGCUCAACAAAGUGCCAUCGCAAGGGAAACAAGCGCCACUGCCGGUGGACUACCACGAGUCGGCGCUUCUGGUCAACCACUACGCAGCGGCUGAGGCAGCCUAUGUGGAGGCCGCCAAUCAGCGUGCCUCGGCGGUGAAACAACCCACCACGACGACGGUGGAAGAGCCGAAAACAACGAUUCCUUCAACGUUCGCCUGCAGCAACUUGGUAGGGUUGACCAACGGGAACCCGCUGCAUCCGAGCCUGCGGCCUAACAUAACCGAAGCGCUGGAGAUGACGACGUGCGUUGCAUCUCAGAGCCUACCGCCAACGACCAGCGUCGUCGAGACGAUGCAUGUGCGUAAGCACUCUGGGGCCGGUAUCGUAUGCUCGGAGACGGUCGUCACGUCAUCCUCUCGUAAGGCGAGCGUUAGCGAGGUGGUCGUUAAGUCGACCGUUUCAGACACCACAGACACGGCAGCUAUCAUCCAGGCCAUCAUUAGCCGCCGGUCGAGCGUGGCCGAGCCGUCGACCAGUCCACCGACGUUCCAGCCGCUGCCCGGCCAGACGUCCAUAACCGAUUCACCCGAAAUGCAAGCAAUAUACGACAGCCUGUCGCGAAAGUCUAGCAUACCCACGCUCAGCGACACGCUGUUCUUCCCGUCGUUGGACAUUACCGACUCUGGGUUCGCCGACACGAGCGACAGCCUGGCACUGUUCUCUCAGCUGCCCCUGACGGUGCCGGCCGGCGAGGCGCCGGUCAGUCUGCCCGACUUUUCCACUAUGUCAGCCAUCUCCAACAUGCCGGACAACUCCGACUGCUCCUCCUUUCUGCACAUGUCGAUGAACUCGUCCGGUAUCAGCGAGGCGUCGGACAGCAUCGCCUUCAGCCAGCCGAUGCUGGCUAGCACCGACCAUCCACCCAAAGACUCGAUGGCACCGUCACUCACCGGAAAGUUGUCGACGCUGCCAGCCAUCCUGGCCACCCCGACGCCUACCCUAACCGCUCUUGCUGAGGGUAAACCGAUCGCGGAAGCGACGGCUCCCCUAGCCCCAACAACACUGACGGCGGUGACUACGGUCACUACUUCGGCCAGUGUGAAGGUGGUGGUAGCCUCUGGUAAACCGGCACCAUCGACUGUGCCAGCAGUAGCACCACCUACAGCAACGGUGUCAACAUCGAACGCGAAGCCUACCGUCACGGCUGCGGUUUCCGACAAAGAGCCAGCUCACUUUGCAAGAACCACCUCACAAGCGUCAUCGACCACCGUGAGUGUUGUCUCCACAACGCCAGCGAGCAGUCAAGCUGUCAGUCAACCUCCGCCGACUAAGCCAGUCCUGCCAGCGACGACUGGGGCGGCGAAACCGCCUCCACAGCAGCCACCGAGCAGUCAGGCGGGUGACCAAAAGGGUGGGUUCUUCCAGGCGACCACCGUCAACCUGGGUAGCUUCUUCAACAAGGUGAACAAAAACCUCACCCAUCAGGAGAGCAGCGAUGGCACGAUCGGUGCGAAGUCCAAGUCCUUCUUCGCGUCGAUGAAGAGCUCGUUCAGCCUCGACUCGUCGAAGGCGUCGGUGGACGAGGUGGAACCUCAGCCGACGCAGACCGCCGCCUCCGCCGCCCCGGCGCACCUCGACUCCACGCAGGCGCAGCUACCGGAGCUUUCACCCGGUGCCGACAAAGAUGUUACCCCCGGCACUGAGCCGGCGUUCCACGAGCCCGCAUUCGACAUGCACACGAAUGGGGCGGGACCGAACCAGCCGUACGCCGGGCAACAGCCGUCUCCACCGAGGGAGACUCACGGUGGCUCGUACGAGGUCAGUCCAACCAUGCCGCAGCAGAGUCCGAUGAACGAGCUGGGCGUGGAGGAAUCGUUCGGCUACGUUGCGGACGGUGAACUCGGCUACAAUGGCGCUACCGCUGAGGACGCCCCGUACGGCACCAACGGUACCCAGCCGGAGACACCAGUGGCAUCGGAGAGGGACGCCGAGCCGGCAUCCCAGCAGAGACGGCAAAGCCUCUUUCGCACUCAGGGGAGUGAGGAUGGCGAAGGUGGCAGCAAGUGGAAGCUGCUGAAAACGCUCAAGGAGAAGCGUAUCGAAGAGAAACAGAAAGUGGUCGAAGUCGGUGAGUCCUUCGACGACGAGCCCGGUCUGUUCAAAAAGGUGGACGUAAGUGGCAAGAACGAGGAGCCCGAGAAGCGUAACGGUACGGUCGAUAGCGGACGGAACAAUGGACUGGGCGAUAACACCUUCUACAGCAACAUCGACAGUAUGCCCGACAUUCGACCGAGGAGAAAAUCCAUCCCGCUUGUCUCCGAGCUGGUCCUCAAAACCAUGGCUGCGACGAAGCGUAACGCUGGUCUGACUUCUGCCGUGCCGCGAGCGACCCUGAACGACGAGGAGUUGAAAAUGCACGUGUACAAAAAGGCGCUACAGGCGCUGAUUUAUCCCAUCUCUUCGACCACACCGCACAACUUUGUUCUCUGGACGGCGACCUCGCCGACGUACUGCUACGAGUGUGAGGGGUUGCUGUGGGGCAUCGCACGGCAGGGCGUCCGGUGUACGGAGUGUGCGGUCAAGUGUCACGAAAAGUGCAAGGACCUGCUCAAUGCAGAUUGUUUGCAGAUGUGCUUUGCUGGUGCUUCCGAAAAGAGCUCGAAACAUGGCGCCGAAGACAAGGCCAACUCGGUGAUAGCCGCAAUGAAGGAGCGUAUGAAGCAGCGGGAACGCGAUCGUCCAGAAAUAUUUGAGCUAAUAAGGAAGGUGUUUGCCGUGGAGGAGAAGAGCCACGCCGGGCACAUGAAGGCGGUGAAGCAGAGCGUGCUGGAUGGGACGAGCAAGUGGUCGGCGAAGAUAGCCAUCACGGUCAUCUGCGCUCAGGGGUUGAUAGCCAAGGAUAAGAGUGGCACCAGCGAUCCGUACGUAACGGUGCAGGUGAGCAAGGUGAAAAAGCGCACCCGCACGAUGCCACAGGAGCUGAACCCGGUGUGGAAUGAAAAAUUCAACUUCGAGUGCCACAACUCGUCCGAUCGCAUAAAGGUGCGCGUGUGGGACGAGGAUAACGAUCUCAAAUCAAAACUGCGACAGAAGUUAACGCGAGAGUCGGACGACUUUCUCGGACAGACAAUCAUUGAGGUGCGAACGCUUUCCGGCGAGAUGGACGUAUGGUACAACCUGGAGAAGCGUACGGACAAAUCGGCCGUGUCCGGGGCGAUCCGCUUGCACAUCUCCGUAGAGAUUAAGGGCGAGGAGAAGGUGGCACCGUACCAUGUGCAGUACACCUGCCUGCACGAGAAUGUGUUCCACUACUUGUGCGAGGAGGCACUAGGCGCGGUAAAUCUUCCCCAGACCAAGGGCGACGAUGGGUGGAAGAUUUACUUCGACGAGACGCCGGAAGAGAUCGUGGAUGAGUUCGCGAUGCGCUACGGCAUCGAGAACAUCUAUCAAGCCAUGACGCACUUUCAUUGCCUAUCUACGAAGUACCUGUGCGCUGGAGUACCGGCUGUUAUGAGUACACUAUUAGCUAAUAUCAACGCCUACUAUGCACACACUACGGCUUCUAGCGCGGUAUCGGCUAGUGAUCGCUUCGCCGCCAGUAACUUUGGCAAAGAAAAGUUCGUCAAGCUACUGGACCAGCUGCACAACUCGCUCCGGAUCGACCUGUCCAUGUAUAGAAAUAAUUUCCCCGCUUCCAGCCAGGAGAAGCUAAUGGAUCUAAAAUCUACAGUAGAUUUGUUAACCAGUAUUACCUUUUUCCGUAUGAAAGUUCAAGAACUCUCCAGCCCACCUAGAGCAAGCACAGUGGUGAAGGAUUGUGUUAAGGCUUGUCUGCGAUCAACCUAUCAAUUUUUAUUCGAGAACUGUUACGAAUUGUAUAAUCGAGAGUUUCAGGUUGACCCAAAUGAAGCCAAACGUGAGGGCGAAGACCACGGACCAAAACUAGAGAACGUUGAUUUCUGGCACAAGCUAAUAGCUUUAAUUGUAUCAGUUAUUGAGGAAGAUAAAAAUAGUUAUAGCGCUGUACUUAAUCAAUUCCCGCAAGAGCUUAACAUCGGGCAGGUGUCUGCAGCGACCAUGUGGAGCCUGUUCGCCGUCGACAUGAAGUACGCCUUGGAGGAGCACGAGCAGCACCGGCUGUGCAAGUCGUCCGCGUACAUGAAUCUGCAUUUCAAGGUGAAAUGGCUGUAUACGAACUACGUCAAGGAGGUGCCACCGUACAAGGGUGCCGUGCCGGAGUACCCGGCCUGGUUCGAGCCGUUCGUCAUGCAGUGGCUGAACGAGAACGAUGACGUGUCGUUGGAGUACUUGCACGGCGCGUUCAAGCGUGACAAGAAAGAUGGGUUCCAAAAAAGUAGUGAGCAUGCUCUCUUCUCAAACUCGGUCGUCGAUGUCUUUACGCAGCUAACACAGUGCUUCGAUGUGGUGAGCAAACUCGACUGUCCCGAUCCAGAAAUCUGGAAGCGUUACAUGCGACGUUUUGCUAAGACCAUUGUUAAAGUACUGCUUGCGUACGUUGAUAUCGUCAAAUCGGAGUUCCCCGAUAUUAUGCAUGAGGAGCGAACAGCGUGCAUUCUUAUGAACAACAUCCAGCAGCUCCGGGUGCAGCUUGAGAAGAUGUUCGAGUCGAUGGGCGGAGACAAGCUGGAGGAGGAUGCGGCCAACAUUCUGAAGGAGCUGCAGCAGAACCUAAACACCGCGCUGGACGACCUGGCGACGCAGUUCGCAAAGAGUCUGGAACCGCGAAUUACGGGCAGUGUUCGGGAGCUGGGCGAUCUGCUUCAGCAGGUGAAACAGCAGAGCUCGUUGUUCCACGCGCCGCCGGCGGACGAUGCGAACCUGAUCGCAAUCGAGGCAGACGAGGUGCUGCGCCCCCUGAUGGACCUGUUGGACGGUUCGCUGUCGAUGUACGCUCAGUCUUGUGAAAAGACCGUAUUGAAAAGACUGCUAAAAGAACUAUGGAAGAUAGUAAUUCGAACGUUGGAGAAAACGAUUGUGCUUCCUCCGAUGACCGAUCGAACGAUGGUGUUCAAGCAUCUCACCGACAAUGCCAAGAAUCUGGCAGCGAAUGCCAAAAUCGAGGAUAUGUCGCGUCUCAUCAAGAAUCACAUGUCCGGCAAGCAGGACGCGAAGAAUGUGCUCAGCGGUGUCAUGGACAUUUCCAAGGAGGUUAGUAUCGCUAGUAUGGAGAAAAAUCUGUCACCAAAGCAGUGUGCGGUGUUGGAGGUUGCCCUUGGCACCAUCCAGCAAUACUUCCACGCCGGCGGCAAUGGGCUGAAGAUGCCAUUCCUGGAGAAGUCACCAGAGCUGCAAAGUCUCAAGUACGCGCUGAGCUUGUACACGCAAACGACGGACACGCUCAUCAAGUCGUUCGUCUCCGGGCAAGGUGCCUCCGAAGAAGGGGUUAGCCAUGAUGAUGCGUCCGUUGGAGAAGUAUCCAUUCAGAUAGACGUCUCAUCGAAUCCGGAGAACGGAGAGCAGAAAAUAUCCGUCAAGGUAAUCGCUGCCAACGAUCUCAAAUGGACCGUCCCGUCCGGCAUGUUCCGGCCAUUCAUCGAGGUUAACCUGAUUGGACCACACCUCAACGAUAGGAAACGAAAGUUCGCUACCAAGUCGAAAUCGAACAACUGGUCGCCGAAGUAUAACGACACCUUCCACUUCAUUAUCGGCAACGAGGAACAGCUGGAAUUCUUCGAGCUACACAUAUGCGUUAAGGACUACUGCUUCGCACGCGAGGAUCGCCUGGUCGGCGUGGCAAUACUAAAAUUAAAAGACGUUGUUGAUCAGGUAUGCUAUUGGGUUUUUGCCGUUGUGUGAGUGGAUGGAUACGGAUGAAUGUGAUGGACGGUUGAGAACUAAGAGGAACUAUUCGAGCCAAACCGGAUGCCUAAGACGACUACACUAGGAUAGGCUGAAGUCGGCGAAGCAGAGCUAUCGACACAGCUGUCGGCGUCCCAUGGACAGCAGGAAGGGUAAGUGCACACAUAGUGCGUGUUUUUCAGCACUUCCUUUUGUAUAUUCCAGAUAGAGCUCUUUGGGAUGUCAUGGAAAUCGCAACCUCCCUGUCGUGUGGCGUUCUGGAUGUCGUGAGCCGAACUGACUGCAGUGAACCUUGCAUAAUUUGGAAGACAUGUAGUUGUUUACUUUUGGAAUAAUAAAAAGGCUAGAUGGAUGUGAUACCUCAGCUAAGAGCG